AUUCAACAGAAGAAGAAACAGGAGGAAGAGGAGGAGAAGCAGGAGUCCCUGGGCCGGAAGUAGGGUCGAGGUGGCUAAUACCCAUGCUAGCUGGUAGUGAGAAGUGACAUAUUCAACUAUGACUACUGGUGCAGAUGUCAGGGACAUUCUGGAGUUGACCGGGGGGGAUAAUGAAGGUCCCAUCAGCAAGAAAGACCUCAUCAACUCUGAUAAGAAAAAAUCCAAGAAGACAACGGAAACUCUGACCUUCAAGAGACCAGAGGGAAUGCACAGAGAGGUCUAUGCUCUGCUCUAUUCAGAUAAGAAAGAUGCACCACCUCUGCUGCCUAGUGACACUACUCAGGGCUACAGGACAGUCAAAGCAAAGCUUGGCUGUAAAAAAGUGCGGCCUUGGAAGUGGAUGCCCUUCACCAAUCCAGCUCGCAGGGAUGGGGCCAUAUUUCACCACUGGAGACGUGUGGCAGAGGAGGGCAAGGACUACCCCUUUGCUCGCUUUAACAAGACAGUGCAGGUACCUGUGUACUCGGAGCAGGAGUAUCAAAUGCAUCUCCAUGACGAUGGCUGGACUAAAGCAGAGACGGACCACCUGUUUGACCUGUGCAAGCGCUUUGACCUGCGCUUCAUAGUUAUCCACGACCGUUAUGACCACCAGCAGUACAGAAAACGUUCUGUGGAAGACCUGAAAGAACGAUAUUAUAGUAUUUGUGGUAAGUUGACGAAGGUUCGCGCAGUUUCAGGGACGGAGCCCAAAAUCUACAUCUUUGAUGCUGGCCAUGAAAGGCGUCGCAAAGAGCAGCUGGAGAAGCUCUUCAAUCGCACACCUGAACAAGUGGCAGAAGAGGAGUAUCUUAUUCAGGAGCUUAGGAAGAUUGAGUCUAGGAAGAAGGAGCGUGAGAAGAAAGCCCAGGAUCUGCAGAAGCUCAUUAAAGCAGCCGACACAACCACAGAGUUACGGCGAGCUGAAAAAAGGGUUUCUAAAAAGAAGCUCCCACAAAAAAGAGAAACAGAAAAACCGGCUGUUCCAGAGACAGCAGGCAUCAAGUUCCCUGACUUCAAAUCAGCGGGAGUCACACUGCGCAGCCAGAGGAUGAAACUGCCAAGCUCAGUAGGCCAGAAGAAGAUCAAGGCCAUUGAGCAGAUCCUGAUAGAGCAAGGAGUGGACCUAAACCCCAUGCCCACAGAAGAGAUUGUACAGAUGUUCAACGAGCUGCGUAGUGACCUGGUGCUGCUGUAUGAGCUGAAACAGGCCCACAGCAAUUGUGAAUAUGAACAACAGAUGCUGCGUCACCGCUAUGAGGCUCUUCUGAAGGCCGGCAGUGGAGGCGGGUGUAGUGGGACUACAGGGGUUGGGCCAAUUGCUGCACCACAGGGUGGGGAGCUCAACGCCACCAACAGCAAUACAGCUUCCACCCCAGGGGGUGAAGCUCAGUCUUGGCCUAGCAUAGAUGACAUCAAGGUGGAAGCCAAGGAGCAGGUCAUCGAUGUUGUAGGAGCACCACUUACCCCGAACUCACGCAAAAGGAGAGAAUCGGCAUCCAGCUCGUCUUCAGUGAAAAAGGUGAAGAAGCCUUGAUGAGGAGAGGAGUGCCAGCUGCUAUAUGGUAGAGGACAAGAGGCCAUGUUAGUUACUCCAGUCACAGUGAAGACGCCCACAAGUUUUAUGGUUAUGGAGAGACAUGGGAACAGGGCAUCAUAUCACUGACCAUUUACAUAGAAGCAGCACUGACUACACACUUUACACCCACUAAUGAGACCUCUCCAGCCCCUCCCCAUUUGGCCUGCCCCACAUCUUUGUGACAAAGGCAACAACUGAGUGACAUUUCAUUCCAUUACUGCUCGUCUCCUGGCUUCCACCAUUACUCUGCCUUAGAUGAGGCAAGAUCAACUGUAAAUUGCCAGGCUGAGCUAAUCGGAACAUGGGAAAGAAGGUUGGAAUGACUAGGUAAUUGAAAUGAAGUGGAAUGAAAGAAGAGACUCAGACCUCUGGCCGCAGUGCUUAUUGGACCCAUCUGAGGUUUUUUCUUCUUUUGUAGCCUAAUCUUGUCAUAGUGUUUACUGGAAAUGUUUCUUUGUGUUAGCCUGUAGUACCAGCAUCCCUCUCCCAGGUCCAGGGAGGUGCUGCUUCCAUCUGCUGCCUGUGGGGCUGAUUUGUGUUGUUUGUCCUCAGGUGACCUUGAAGGUGCUUUAGUCAGUGAUUCAAUAAACCUCACUGUUUCAUUUUUC